AUGCUUCUUACCCUUCUUUCUUGCGCAUUAUGCGCUCCUCUCUCCGCUGUGAUGCGGCGUGAUGUCUGGGUACCCACAAUCACCUCCCCUACAUCUGACUCUACAUGGACUGUUGGAGGGUCAUUCCUUGUUACCUGGGAUACCUCCUCGAAACCUGCCCAAGUAACCAACCCUAAUGGCGAGAUAUACCUUCGCCUGGGCGAUGAAACCCAAUCCAGUCCCAUAGCAUCUGGAUUUGCGCUUACUGAUGGUCAAAUCGAAGUAACAAUCCCUACCGGCACCACUCCUGACGAGUACAGGGUUGUAUUAUUCGGCGACUCUGGGAACUGGAGUGAUCAGUUCCCAAUUGACGCAGCCACAUGA